CCUAUCAAUUGCGCUCCCGCCCAUAACCGACCGAAGGGCGCGUCACUGUGUGGGCGUGGCCAUUGCGAGCUUGUUUUCCCCCAUGUCAAUCGGUUUCCGGCCGGUCCCAGCGGGGAGCUUAGUUGUGUGUAGCUCUUUCCACCGUAGCAAUGGGGAACUCUAUGGCCCGAGAGGACUUUGAAUGGGUGUACACUGACCAGCCUCAUGCGGACAGGAGGAAAGAGAUUCUGGCCAAACAUCCAGAGAUUAAGUCUCUAAUGAAGCCAGACCACAACUUGAUUUGGAUUGUGUCCCUGAUGGUCCUCACCCAGCUGGUAGCUUUUUACCUGGUGAAAGAUUUGGACUGGAAGUGGCUUCUGUUCUGGACUUAUGUGUUUGGCAGCUGUAUUAGCCACUCUAUGACCCUGGCCAUCCAUGAGAUCUCUCACAACAGUGCCUUUGGUAACAGCAAAGCCAUGUGGAAUCGGUGUUUCGGCAUGUUCGCUAAUCUUCCUCUUGGCUUACCCUACUCGGUCUCCUUCAAGAGGUACCAUAUGGAUCACCACCGCUACCUGGGAGGGGAUGGUGUUGACGUGGAUAUCCCCACAGACUUUGAGGGCUGGUUUUUCUGCACUCCAUUAAGGAAGCUUGUGUGGAUUAUACUCCAGCCCCUCUUCUACACCAUCCGCCCCUUGUGUAUCAACCCCAAGCCCAUCACACGUCUGGAGAUCAUCAACCUGGUUGUGCAGUUCUCUUUCGAUGCCCUAAUUUAUCAUACCUUCGGAGGGAAAGUUUUAUUUUACAUGCUUGUAGGCUCCAUCCUUGGACUAGGACUCCACCCCAUUUCAGGGCACUUUAUAGCUGAGCAUUACAUGUUCUUAAAGGGCCAUGAGACCUACUCUUACUAUGGACCUUUAAACUAUCUGACCUUCAAUGUUGGCUACCACAAUGAACAUCAUGACUUUCCUAGUGUCCCUGGGAAAAACUUGCCAUUGGUACGGAAAAUCGCUGCUGAAUAUUACGACCCCUUGCCGAAGUACAACUCCUGGGUCAAGGUGCUCUACGAUUUCGUGAUGGAUGAUACUCUGAGCCCUUACUCCCGUAUGAAAAGGAAACUGAAAGGAGACCUUAAACUAGAGUAAAGUUUGUGUGGCACCUCAGAGCUUAGAAGGCUUCCUGAUGUGGGGAACAAGAGCGCCUCUUAAUGACCAAAGUGUUGGAAACCUCUCCAGUUUUGUACUGUAGACGGUUCCCAACAUUUCGUAGCUCUUCCUAGCAUCAUGGCUUCAUUCUGCUGCAUAAGGCACCUUUGCCACCAUUAUGUUUUUACCAGAGCACCUUGCUGUUUGGUAACUUACCUACUGCACACGUGUACUCACCAGCAUCAUGCCAAAAAUUGGCAACAAAGUAUAAGUGCACCCCAGCCUAUAAAAGCCUUUUUUUUUCUCUAUUGCAAUCCCUCUAGUAAGUUUUGAUAAAGGACCCUGCGUGGCUAGUUCCCUGCUUCAGGGUGGUACAUAAUAAAGGUUGUUUUAUA